AUGUCUGCUCCUGCUUCUGCCCCAGGCGACAACGACACCGCUCCUGGUCCAUCAGAUCAAGCCCCCUUGGAACCCUUGGAAGCCACCAUCAGGCCACCCGCGGCCGCGGCCACCACCCCAGAAACCGGCGCGCUCCAUCACCCGCACCACCAGCCCACCCCGCAGACGGAGUCCAUUGCUACUCCAGCUACUCCAGACCCAGCUGCCACUACUCCAGCUGCGGACAUUAUUACUACGAAUACUCCCACGGCUGCUGUCCCGGGAGCUUCACUUGCACAUCCUGAUAAUACAAAACCGACCCACGACCCAGAGAGACAUUGGCCUUCCAUGCUUCCCUCUCUUCCUCCUCCUUCUUCCUCCUCCGCUGCCGCACCCGAGGCCAAGACCCAGCCACACCACUCCACCACCGCCUCUUCUCCCUCGACGUCCAAAAUGAUCUUCUCAGACAUCUACAAGUCCCCACGCUCGCCGCUGUCCAAGUUUCGACAUUCCAUGUCCCAGCAGCCCCUGUCGCUGGAUCUACCCGACUAUGACCCGGACCUGCUCAGCAAGGACAAGCUCAAGCAGAAGGAGGCCGUUAAGAAGUACCUCGCCUCCAAGGUUCGCAACGAUUGGGAGUUCGUCUGGCCCCCGGUCAUCACUCCUCGGCCCCAGAACGGUAAUGCAGCUGCACCAACGCCGGCGCCGGCGCCCGGCGCUGAUGCGCCCGCACAAGAAACCGUAGAGCAGACCCAAGAACCCACCGAACCAAAACCCGAAGCGACGGACACGAACACGCACGAAGACGAUGUCGCGGUCGAGAGCGACGAAGACGACGAGGAGGAGGACCUGUCCGGCAGCGACGCCGAGUCCGUCUACAGCACAAUCUCAGAAGACCCGGCACGCUUCAGGCCUCGUCUGGAAUGGGUGUCUGACCUGUCCGACGAGGAGGAACCUCUGCCCUUGUCUCUUUCCCCUUUCCGCUUCGACACACCAGACGCGAUCGGCGCUGCGGUGAAGGCUUCCGUCGCAGAGAAGCGCGCGGGGCGCAGGCGCGCUCUGCGAGAGGAGAUGCAGUGGAAUGAAGGGCUGGCAUGCUUCGAGGCGAGGCGCAAUGCCUGGACAGGCGCACGCACCGUCCACGUCCGCGCCAAACCCGCUUCUCCAACGCAAACAUUCUCCCCGCUGUCACCCCGCCGCCUCUUCUUCCGCUCCUCCAUGUCCCAGCCUUCACCGGCACCGCUGGCCGCCUCGCCCGCGUCGCCGCCGCAUUCACUGCAGCAGCGGCCAAGCAACGAUGCUUCGGCCGUCGUGUCUGACGGCUCCGAGCUUACCAAAGAAGCUUCCAAGGAGCUUGCCGCACAGAAGUCGAAGGAGUCCGCUCGGUCGACGGCAUCACCCGCGUCGGUGGCGUUGCCGAUCGAGACCCUGAUCCCCAUACCCGCGCCCCUGCUUCCCCCUGGAAACCCAAUGCGCGCCUCUAUUACUCCUUCGGUAUAUAUUUCCCUGUACGAGAAGGUGAUAGUGCACGCCUUGACGCCAUCAUGCCCUGUCAAUCUGUCAGAUAUGAUCAGGGCUUGCGUAGUAGGCUGGAAGCGGGACGGAGAGUGGCCCCCGAAGCCAACGGUGGCCGACCCUAGCCUCGUCGCUGUGCGACGGAGGAAGAAGUCUCAAAACGAAGGGCAGAAUGCCGUGCGUAGGAUGAGCUUCGGCCUGCUGGGCAGGGGAGAAAAGGCAGAAGGCGAUGAGGCAGGGGCCGGGAAGGGCAUUAGAAAGAGCCUGCAACGGGUUCUCGGCCUAGGUCAACACCACCAUGCCACGGCUACGAGUGCGAAUAACGGAAACGGGGAGGCGAACGGAAAAGAAGCGACUGCUGCUUAG